AAGCAGAGGGUUGGGUGUACGCAUACCAGUUGUGCCAUCUGUGAAAAGAGUUCAUACGGGCGAGAAGAACAGGAAAAGCCAAGCCACGACUAUUGUUUUAGCCUCAGGGGUACAGGUAAAGGGGAACCAGAGUUUGAAGAUAGGAAAAAUACAGGAAACUGUAACCUGAACUGUGUGUUUUAUUGCCGGAGUUUAACGGUUGACUCGCCUUAGUUUAUGCGUAAACCUCAACAUACCCUCGUGUGAGGGGUUAGAAUGGAAACAACCCUCUACCCUUGUAAUGUGUUGAAUACUCGAGGGAUUUCAAGCCUCUAUUCCUACAACAGCAUGAUGAAGAAAGAAGUUAGUCUAAACCUGGAUGACCAAAGCUCGAUUCCGAAACCGAAUCUCCGGGAUGCAGAGGGAAUUCUGAACUCCCCGGACUUGGGACUCUUGAAAUUGGCGACUCCGGAACUUGAACGAUUGAUUAUCCAAUCGAAUGGAAUGGUUACCACGAUCCCAACCUCUCAGUUCCUCUACCCAAAGUCAGCCAGUGACGAACAGGAAUUUGCCGAAGGCUUCGUGAAGGCGCUUGAGGAUCUUCACAAGCAGAACCAGCUGAGCGAGGGGACGUGCGUACCGCCGGACAGACUGGACCUUAUCAGCUCCAACGCAGCCUCAAUCGGCUUGCCGUCAGAUCUGCCAGUGUACACGACAUUGAACGGCUAUGGUAAUAGUCCACUGGGCAGCACAGUGAAUUAUUCCACGGACACAAUUCCAUUCCCACCACCACCUUCUCAUCUGAUGAGCGCGCAUCAACAGGCGGCUGCGGCGGCUCUGUCACGACUCCAGGCGUUGAAGGACGAGCCUCAGACGGUCCCCGACAUGCAGUGCUUUGGAGACAGCCCGCCUUUGUCUCCUAUUGACAUGGACAACCAGGAGCGCAUCAAAGCAGAGAGGAAAAAGCUACGCAACAGAAUAGCGGCGUCCAAGUGCCGCAAAAGAAAACUGGAGAGAAUAUCCCGUCUUGAAGACAAGGUCAAAAACCUUAAGACACAGAACACUGAACUGGCCUCCACAGCCAGUGUGCUUAGAGAGCAAGUGGCCCAGUUGAAACAAAAGGUUAUGAACCAUGUCAGUAAUGGGUGUCAACUUCUCCCAAACCAAGAUCAAGCUUACUAGAGGACAAUGUAGGCCUAUGAGGUACCCACCACCAUGGGGUUCGUUAUCAUUUGGGGAUAUGGACUAACUGAAACCCAGUAGGCUAUUUGCCUGUUCUAAUAGAAUACAAACUCAUUGCUGAAAAUCCAUUAGAACUGGAACACUAUGGGUCUCUCUUAAAAAAUGUGGCUAACAGACUAAUUUUGCUGCCCUCUUCAGAGGAAAAUGCACUAUCAGCUCUCCAAUGGACAAUAAUACAUAGCCGAACAAAGAUAGCAUUAUCUGCAUGUAAACUGGACAAUCUCAAUGAGUGCACCUAAACACCAGAAUGUCAGUGAGCGCAUGUCAUCCACUGUGUAAUAUAUAAUGCCUUACUUGUUUACAAGCACUUAUUUACCAAUGACAAAUGUAUAUUUUAUUUACUAAAACAUGUCUUAUUUUGCAUACUGUCUUUUAUAUUUUCUGCAAAUAUGAAUUGUGCAUGUCUUGUAAGCUCGUGUUGGCUACAGUAAUUUAAUGUUGUGCAACUCUGUGUAUCUGUCGCUAUCCAUGAAUGUAGCCUUCGUUGUUGGCCCUAUGUAGCCAUUUUGAACGGGAUUUGACCUCUCAAAGCUGUUUUAUUAAAUUCUAUGAAUUGUU